AUGGACAAGAAUACUCAGCAACGUCCCGGCCCAGCAAGAAAGAGAGCCUCGACACCAAGAUCAAAGACAGGAUGCACAACGUGCAAGAUAAGGAGGCUCAAGUGUGGUGAAGAACGGCCUAGUUGCCAACGUUGCGUCAGGUCUGGGUGGCAAUGCGAUGGCUACGAUCAUGUCGCCCCGACGUCUCCCUCCCCAGAGGGAACCAUCGCGUCUUUACUUCCACGCAAUUCGUCAAUCUCACCUACUCCAAAUUCACUUGUCAUCGAACCAUCUGUGCUCCAUCCUUUGAACGAGCAGGAACAACAAUAUUUCCGAAACUGCGGGGAGGAGGUAACUGGCCAACUCCAAGGAGAGGAUAUGCUCUUCUGGCGAGGGGUGGCCUUGCAGGAGAGUUUAGGCUCGUUCUCUGUGCACCACGGCCUCAUUGCUAUCGGUGCGUUGAAGCAGAGUACCGUCAUGAGGACAGGGCGUUACCAAAUGGAUGCUGUACCAGGCACUCAUCGUGAAUUUGCACUCCAACAUUACCACACAGCUAUUCAAAGUCUUCGCGAGUCCAUGACGAAUAUGAGAGACGAAAAAGAAGUCAGGUCCACUGUGGUGGCUUGCAUGAUUUUGGCGAUCUUCGACGAUUUCAUUGGGCAUAGAGCCUUUGCUCUGCAGCACAUGCGUUGUGCUCGCGAUAUACUGCUUAAUUCGAACUCUCUUCUAUCGGCUAGUAACGCCCUUGGAGGCUCGGAUGAUGCCAAACUGGCGAAUAUGUUUCUCCGGCUGGACGUGCAAGCGAUGUGUGCUAUAGGCGUCAGCGAGUACCAGACCAUGAUACCGUUGCAGACACUGCCUCAGAUAUUCGCGCUCCCUACUCGCAUAUCGUCCUUCGAAGAAGCACAGAAUUUGAGUACCGUGGUAGCCUGGGAAGGCUGGAGAUUCUUUUAUCACAACGCAACAUACCAACUUCUUCCAAGGCACCAGAUUCCCCAGAAUAUUCUUGACCUACGCGACAACCUCGUCAAACAACUCUACGAUCUCUGCCUACUACUAGCCGAUCUGAAAGAAUGUGAACCAGGAACGAUACGUCAUCCUCUGGCAUGUAUCAAAGCGUUGAGUCUUCAUCCGGUCCUGGCCCUCGUCAGACUCGCUUCUACCUUUGGUGCACCAGAGACAGCUUGUGAUGCCCUUCUCGAUCAGUUCACCUAUCUAGUGAGCCUGUCCAAGGAAAUUAUACAGUUCGAAGCACUGGAAAACCCGGAACUUAUGGAACAGUCUAGCUCCUGGACCCCAUUUCCGCAGCAGAACGAGCUCCAUCCAUCCCUCCCGAUGCCCUAUCCCGAUCUAACUCGCAUCCCAGUCGCAGAAACAUACUCGGCCGAGUUGCGCACCGUAUCUCCUCUCCUCCUCGUUGCAACCAAAUGCCGAAAUGCCACAUUACGUCGCGAAGCUAUCGCUCUUCUCCUCUCAUCACAUCGAAGGGAAUGGAUGUGCGACUCUUUGUUGUCAGGACAGAUUGGCCAGUGGAUGAUGUCUCUUGAAGAAGAAGGCAUGGAUGCCACUGGAUAUAUACCGGAACACGCUAGAGCAUGGGGAGAAGCGGUCGAGUUAGAGAUACAAGGCCGGAAAGCCAAAGUCAGAUGUAGACAGAACUUCAAGAGCAGGGUCACAGGAAAAACCGAAUGGAGGUGGAGAGAAAAGCACAUUUGCUGGUAA